CAGCUUACCGAGGCAUUAAACCCUACUGCGUUUGAGGCUAUUAAUGAAUCUCAUCUUCAUUCACACCAUGCUGCAAUGAAAGGUGUUACUGAAAAAGAGACUCAUUUUAGAGUGACCGUUGUAUCAGAAGAGUUCGCAGGCAAAUCCAUGAUGCAGCGCCAUCGUAUGAUUUACAAACUUCUUGGAGAAGAAUUUGGUCAGGGAUUACACGCCCUGUCAUUAAAAACAAAGACAAUGGCUGAAUUAGAAAAGUCCAAGUAA